AUGGACAACAUCCAAGAAGAAGCACCACCAAACUACUUCGACUUGGACGCUUGGGAAGCAUACCAGAGUCGUAUCUUCUUCGCCCACACAGCAAACAACCUCGCCCUCCUUGCAUACGCUGGCAUGUUUGGUUUGAUACUGACUGGAUUGGGCAUGACGGGCCGUCUGGGAGCUCCAGACACCGAGGUCGCGGAGGUCAACGAGGCUGGCCUUUACUUGUUGUUGGGAUUCUUGCUAUUUGGAACUAUGAUGGGGCUAUGGUUGAUCGCGCGCGAUGAUCGCGGGAACUUGUCAGUGCAGCGUACGUUUCAGCGUGCAUUGAAGAGCUUGAUGGGAGACAACACCGGUCGUCGGUCGCUCUAUCCAACUCGUAAGCUCUUCACAGGCAACGACGAAAAUGGAGACAAGAACUCGUGGUCGCUCUUCGUAAACACUCCUCGACGUUACAUCAACAUCAAAAUCGAAGUCGAAAUCGCAAACAUUCAUCGACGUUACAUCAAUAUCGAAAUCGAACCCGAAGACACAAACAUCCAUCUCAAGCAACAGUUCCACGCAGAAUCCAACGCAAUGGACGACGGCAUAUAUCCCCUCAUCGACCGAAUCCCUGACAUCAAUGCCGGCAGCUCUGGCAACAAUGGCAUUUUGCGCGAUCCCGACCGUUUCGGCAGCCACAUGAAUCCAAACAUCCCUUACCGUCCUGGCGCCGAAAGCCCCAAGUCAGACGACGUCCCACCCCCGGAGCCGAUUGACCCGGACAUGAUCCUUGGCCCAGACAGAGACUCAAAGGAUGGAUGUCGGCGAGCUUGCAUGCGAGGCUGCAACAGAGGAUGCGUCAAGUGGGUUCUUGGAGUAUUCGGGUUUCUUUGCUUUACGGCUGCUGUAGCUGUCAUUGCUGUCUACAGCCAUCGAGCGUUCAAGAAGAGUUAUGAAGGCGAGCCAUCUUUUCGUUGA